GCCUUUGUGGACCUGCCUCAGCCUGGCCUGCACAAGCUUGAUGCCUUAGAAAGAGAUAUCACCUCUCAAAGAGACACUUGCCUCCGAACUGCCUCAGGGCCCAUCGUCCCCUGCCGGCUGUCCCUCUGCAGCUCAAACCCCAGCCUUUCUCAGCCUGGCUUUGUACACGGAGCACAACCCAUGGUGUAGAACCCACUGAGUGCCUUGCUCUGUCUCCUUGGCCUGCUGAGGAAAUCCCAGGGCCUGCAGCUGACGUGGGGAAGGUCUGGGAAAAAUCUCCCUGCUUUUGGAGGGGUGGGGGCGGGGGAUGAGCCUCUGCUGCUGAAGACCUCUGGAGAUUGGGUAGGUCGCUCUAGACCAGUUCAGACGCUCCCGGCACGGCGUGGAGAGGAUUUGUGCAAACAUUUCUUCUCUGGACAAAGAGGAAUGCAAGAGGAGGCCGCCUGUGGUACAUCGUGGACUGCUGGAGAGAUGUGCCCGCACUUGUGAAAGUGCACGAGGAUGACAAAGCCAGAACCGAGCAGGAGGAGAGUGGGACCCCUGCCUGGGGUCCCUGAGCUGCCCAUGGACAUCCCUGCUCCUGGAGGGGCCAGUCCUCCCCCCUCUCCUAGGAAGCCUUUGCUCCGGACCCCUGGAAGGCCCUUCCUCAUCCUGGUGCUGCUGGGUUCCAUCAAACAAGUUUCAGGAUCUCUUCUAGAGGAGACAACCCGUAAGUGGGCUCUGUACAAACAGGAUUGUCUGCGAGACUUACUCAAGAAACCUUCUGGUGUAUUUUGUAAUGGGACAUUUGAUCAAUAUGUGUGCUGGCCUCAUUCUUCUCCUGGAAAUGUCUCUGUGCCCUGCCCUUCAUACUUACCUUGGUGGAAUGAAGAGAGCUCAGGAAGGGCCUACAGAUACUGCUUGGUGCAGGGAACUUGGCAGACGCGAGAGAACGCCACAGAUAUUUGGCAGGAUGACUCUGAAUGCUCUGAGAACCACAGCUUCAAGCAAAACGUGGAUCAUUACUCCUUGCUGUCAACGCUGCAGCUGAUGUACACUGUGGGAUACUCUUUCUCUCUAAUUUCCCUCUUCCUGGCUCUUGCUCUCCUCUUGUGUCUCCGAAGACUCCACUGCACACGCAACUACAUCCACAUGAACUUGUUUGCUUCUUUCAUCCUGAGAGCCAUGGCUGUACUGGUGAAGGAUAUCGUCUUCUACAACUCUUACUCCAAGAGGCCGGACAAUGAGGAUGGAUGGAUGUCCUACCUGUCAGAGAUAUCAACCUCGUGCCGCUCAGUCCAGGUUCUCCUGCACUACUUCGUGGGUGCCAAUCACUUAUGGCUGCUGGUUGAAGGCCUUUACCUCCACGCCCUGCUGGAGCCCACAGUGCUUCCCAAGAGGCGGCUAUGGCCCAGAUACCUGCUGGUGGGUUGGGCCUUCCCUGUGCUAUUUGUUGUCCCUUGGGGUAUUGCCCGUGCACACCUGGAGAACACCGGGUGCUGGGCAACAAAUGGGAAUAAGACAAUCUGGUGGAUCAUCCGAGGACCCAUGCUGCUUUGCAUAACAGUCAAUUUCUUCAUCUUCUUGAAAAUUCUCAAGCUUCUCAUUUCUAAGCUCAAAGCCCAUCAAAUGUGCUUCAGAGAUUAUAAAUACAGAUUGGCAAAAUCAACGCUUGUCCUCAUUCCUUUAUUGGGUGUUCACGAGAUUCUGUUCUCCUUCAUCACUGAUGAUCAAGUACAAGGAUUUUCAAAACUUAUACGACUUUUCAUUCAGUUGACACUGAGCUCCUUCCAUGGAUUCCUAGUGGCCUUGCAGUAUGGCUUUGCCAAUGGGGAGGUGAAGGCUGAGCUUCGGAAGCAUUGGGUCCGCUUCCUGCUGGCCCGCCACUCAGGCUGCAGAGCCUGUGGCUCCGGCAAGAACUUCCGGAUCCCCAGCAAGUGUCCCAAGAAGAUCUCGGAGGGAGACAGUGCUGAGAAGCUUCAGAAGCUGCAGCCCUCACUUAACAGUGGGCAGCUCCUGCACCUGGCCAUGAGGGGACUCGGGGAGCUGGGUGCCCGGCCCCACCAGGGCCGUACUCCCUGGCCCCGGGGCAGCAGUUUGUCCGAGUGCAGCGAAGGGGACGUCACCCUGGCCAACACCAUGGAGGAGAUACUGGAAGAGAGUGAGAUCUAGGUUGGAGGCCCCUGCUCUGGCUCUGCCCCUGGUGACUUCUGAGAGGGCUGAGGAAGGGGGAGGCAAAGCAGGAUGGAUGUCACCAAGCUCAGAAUUGUUCUCUUCCUGUUUGCCGUGCCACUUUGACAGGAAGUCUAUCUCAAGGUCCUUCAAGCUCUGUGUAAUGCUCAUACCUUCUGCUUGCCCUUGUCACCUUAAUAACCCCCACCAGAAUGACUAUGAGACCCUGAGGCCUGGCCCGAAAUUCAAACGAGUGGAUCCCACCAUGAAGAGAGAGGUCUCCCAUUA